UGCUAUUGACUUUUUCAUAACUUAUGAUUAGUCUAUGGAAUGAUCAUAUCUAUUCCGUGGCUUUUUUCAUGGAGGUCGAUAGGCUUAAUGAUUGCCUCAGUCAAGUCAUUUACUUCUGAGCCAAUAGAUAAUGCCGUCGUCAUAGUUUUCUGGGGCGGGGGGGAGAAAGUAACUGUGCGUUGGUUCUGCAGACGCCCCACUCCUUCUGAAUCCUGCACCUUGGUGCUGAGCACGCGACAAAAGUUUUCAGCUGCUCCUCAGUUUCUGGUGCUUCGCAGAGGAAAGGAAAGGACUUUGACAUUAAACCCAAGAAGCGGUCAGGCAACAUCUUUAACUUUUCUGCUCUGUUAUCAUUUGCGAUGAAGAGGAAACAGAAGAGAUUUCUGCAGAUGACUUUGAUAUUCAUGGUGGCUUUAAUUUUCCUGCCCAAUAUCGGUCUCUGGUCUCUGUAUAAGGAUAAGCACCUGGUGAAAUCCACCGAGCCCGGGGAGCAGCAGACAUUUCCACUGGGCCUGGGAGAUGGGCAAUUCUAUGCAUGGACAGAUGGUUUGAGAAGAAAGGACUGGCAUGACUAUGGGAGCAUUCAGAAAGAGGCUAUGCGCUCAGGGAAGGGUGAGCACGGAAAACCUUACCCUCUCACGGAAGAGGACCACGAUGACUCAGCUUACAGGGAAAACGGUUUCAAUAUUUUUGUCAGCAACAAUAUUGCUCUAGAGAGGUCCCUGCCGGAUAUCCGCCACGCCAACUGUAAGCACAAGAUGUACCUAGAAAGGCUGCCAAACACCAGCAUCAUUAUCCCAUUCCAUAACGAAGGCUGGACGUCACUCCUACGUACCAUACACAGCAUCAUCAACCGAACCCCAGAAAGUCUGAUAGCAGAAAUCAUCCUGGUUGAUGACUUCAGUGAUCGAGAACACUUGAAGGAUAAGUUGGAAGAAUACAUGGCUCGGUUUUCCAAAGUGAGGAUUGUUCGAACCAAGAAAAGGGAAGGGCUCAUCCGGACCCGACUCCUGGGGGCGUCCUUGGCCAGAGGAGAAGUCCUGACCUUCCUGGACUCCCACUGCGAGGUCAACGUCAACUGGCUGCCCCCGCUCCUCAACCAAAUUGCACUAAACCACAAAACCAUCGUGUGCCCUAUGAUCGAUGUCAUCGACCACAAUCAUUUUGGGUACGAGGCACAAGCUGGCGACGCCAUGCGAGGCGCCUUCGACUGGGAGAUGUACUACAAGAGAAUCCCCAUACCCCCCGAGCUGCAGAGGGCGGACCCCAGCGACCCCUUUGAGUCUCCCGUUAUGGCUGGAGGUCUCUUUGCUGUGGAUCGAAAAUGGUUUUGGGAGUUAGGAGGCUAUGAUCCAGGCUUGGAAAUCUGGGGAGGAGAGCAGUAUGAAAUCUCUUUCAAGGUUUGGAUGUGUGGAGGAGAGAUGUUUGAUGUCCCGUGUUCCAGAGUCGGUCACAUCUACAGGAAGUAUGUCCCUUAUAAAGUUCCAUCUGGGACCAGCCUGGCAAGAAACCUGAAGCGGGUGGCGGAGACCUGGAUGGACGAGUUUGCUGAGUACAUUUACCAGCGGCGCCCAGAGUAUAGGCACCUCUCCACGGGAGACCUCUCCGCCCAGAAGGAGCUGCGCAAACAACUCAAGUGCAAGGACUUCAAGUGGUUCAUGGCGGCUGUGGCCUGGGAUGUGCCCAAGUACUACCCUCCGGUGGAGCCCCCACCCGCCGCCUGGGGGGAGCUUCGAAAUGUGGCAGCCAAUCUCUGCGUGGACAGCAAGCACGGAGCCACAGGAACUGAACUGAGACUGGACAUCUGUGUCAAGGACGGCUCUGAAAGGACGUGGUCUCAUGAGCAGCUCUUCACCUUUGGUUGGAGAGAAGAUAUUCGACCUGGCGAGCCCUUGCACACCCGGAAAUUCUGCUUCGAUGCCAUCUCGCACAAUAGCCCGGUCACUCUCUACGACUGUCACGGCCUGAAGGGGAACCAGCUCUGGGGCCACCGGAAGGACAGAACACUUUUCCAUCCUGUGAGUAACAGCUGCAUGGACUGCAACCCUGCAGAGAAGAAGAUUUUCAUGGCCAGAUGUGACCCUCUCUCUGAGACUCAGCAGUGGAUUUUUGAACAUAUUAAUAUGACUGUUUUAGAAAAAUUUAACUACCAUGCCAGCUCCUAGAAAGAAAAAAAAAAAAAAGACUGAUCACCUACAGAGGAUAAAAACUCAAUUUUAGCCAGCGUCUGGGUCGAAGGAGUCAGGAAUAACAUUUCCUAGAUCCAGGAAGCCUGGUUUCAAGAUCUGUAAAUGCCACGUCCAAGUAGGCUGUCCUGAAGGACUUCCUGCACCUGAAGAACUUGGCUGAGAACCUCACCAGCUGCUUCUGGGAACUUGAGACGAGCAGUCCCCUUGCUGGCCAAGGGCAAAGAUUAUUUAGGGACUUUUCCAAACAACUGCUGAGUUAAUAAAUCCUAGCAUUUCUCAGGUCAAAUCCUGCAGUAGUGAGUAGCUAUGAAUGGAUCCUACUAAGGGGGGUGGGGGGGGAGAUGGAGGGCGUGACCACUCUGACACCCUGGGGCAGACCCCUCAGGUUUAGACCGAGUGGUUCUCUGACCAGGAUGGGUUAAA